AUGUACGCGCUCCGCUGCAUCUCACGUAGCUUUCUCAUUAGUGCGGGGCGGCGAAUGGCCAACAUUCGCGUGUCACUAAAUCUCGUCUGCAUUGACUUGAUCUGGGCGCCACGAGUGCAUCUUGUGUUUUUCUUAUUGUUUUUGGUUGAUUGGCGAUUCUGCAGGAACUGCCGCGACGGAGGGCUUAAUGCAGGGCCGUUAACGCCAGGUCCUCUAAUAAUCUGGUCCACCGUGUGCUCUCUGGUUGGGUAUCACCGCGCACUCAGAACCGCCGGGCCCGGUAGCACACGCUCGGACGCCAUACGAUCCGCAGACAAGCACGUGUGGCGCAAGUCAGAUCAAACUCUCUGCUCUCUGCCGGGGCGACGACGAGGAGGAGGAGACAUGAGUAGCUGCGCUUGUGCUGGCGCUGGUAGUACAAAGCGUCGGCAACAGGAUGUGCUGACCGCUCUGCAGAACCAUCGCCCUUCGCAUCUGUUUACACUGAUGGAAGAGUCUCCAGCCCCACCGGUUCCUCCCAAGGACCCUGAGUACCAGUACCAGAACCAGAACCACUUCAGCAGCAGUAUGGAUAUCGAUCGUCCGCCGACCGCCCGCUCUUCUGCUCCUGCAAGCGGCUCGAAGAGGAAGCGAGAGUCGCACCAUAGCAGCGCCCGACUCGACGUGACCGACGCUGACGACGAGGGUCACACUCCAUCCAAACGUUCUCGCUCCAAUGUUCGUAGCGAUGGCGACUAUGACCCAUCAGACGAGACUCCUGCACAGCAGCGCAACCUUCGUAGAAAGAAUGGUAUCCGCAACCUGUCGAACCUCAAUCUUCGCCAUGCCGCCUCCACUCAGACACCGCCCCGUCCGCAAUCUUCGCCUCUUCGCGAAUCCAAGUUUCAAGAAGGCAGUCUCAAUGACAAGCCGUCCGAGAAGCCACCUUCUGUGUUCACGCGUCUUCCAACAACCGAUAGCGGCAACUUGGAAUAUGUCGAGGAGCUGAUGGCAGACUACCACGAUGGUCUUCCAACACCCAGUGGCUCGGUGGAGCGUGUCCUUGAGCACGAGAAAGCUACCAUGCCUCAGCGUGAUAAGGAGAAUCGGAAUCUUGGGAUGUUCCGCUUCGGCAAGUCAUGGGCAUCUAGCUUCCGCCCAGUUGCGCUGUGGAACAGGUUGUGGAAUGACACGAAGGAUGAACUUACGCGCCAGAACAUGCUGGACGCCGAGAAGAAGGCGCGAAUGAAGGCCGAAGCUGAAGCUAGAUAUGCACAAUUGAAGAACGCGGGACAGCUUGGUUUACAGCCAGUCUCGGCUGCUGCAAGUCGUGAUUUGCUCGCAACACCUUAUGAUUCGGCAGUUGCGCUCGACAAUGGCACUGGAGAACAUCGUCGGAACUUUCCAGCUGGCGCUCAGCUUCGACCUUCCAACGAGACCAGCCGUGAUGGCAGCGAGGCGCCUGAGCCACCCAAGACGAUUCGAGGUCGUCUGUCCCGUCUUCAUCUUAGGAAGCCUUCGAUGUCAUCUCUGACAGGCACUGUUAAGCGCACGAAAUCCGACCUCAAUCUUGGAGGUGCCGCAGAUCGCGAGUCUUCGUCCUCGGUCUCGCCCACCAAAGCCACUUUUGAUGAAGGAGGCUCAUUGCUAAGGAGAUCUCACUCGAAGUAUGACAUGAAGAAGCAGAAUCGCUUGUCAAAGCGCGUUAGCGAUCUCGAGACGAAGCUAAACAAAGCUCGAGCUGAGCUUGAUACAGCACUCGCAGAGGCCUCGCCGAUGCCAAAGUUGGGAAACAAGUAUGAGCGGUUCACACCGGUCGGCACGAUUAAGAGAUCGAAAUUCGUUCCUGGUAUGCUACCAACAUUGCCUAGUGAGCGGCUGCUAUUCCAGGAUAUGAAGUCGGAAGCGAUCGGCCCCACGAAUGCCAGUGAAGCAGCAAACGAUCGACGACCUCGCAACGCAAUUGAUCUGGAGACAGCAUUUGAUGACAUUGAUGAUGAUGAGACUGUGAAGCGGCCUCGAAGCAAGACUUAUCCCGCACUUGCGGAGAAGAUCUUCCAAGAAAACAGUUCACAGGCAAUCGAGAGCGAGCAGCACUCAGGCGAGCAGACCAAUGUGGAAGAGGGAGAGGACGUCAGCGACGAAUUUGCGCCAAACGUGACGGACGACAUUCAGGACAAUGACGGUCCUGAGCCAACCAACAAAUCUACAAAUGACGCCCUUGAUGCCAAGCUCAAGGCUUUGGAUGCAUCAGUGAAGGCGAGCAAGAGGUCAGCCAGACUUAAGAAGCGGCCCUAUCUCAUCAAGGACGAUAGCGGUACUUUCAGGCCUGGACGAAACGACGAGGCCGAUGACGAUGCAGAAUGGGAGGAGGCCGAGAAGGCCGAGAAGAACACAAAGAAGAAGCGAAAGUCCACAGGCGAGGCGAAGAACAGCCCCCAAACCAAGCGAGCCAGCGCUUCUGGAAAGCAGAAAUCACCACAGACCAAGCUCGUCAAGAAAGCAACUGCUACUACAGUGAAGAGCACGAAGAAAGCGACUGGAGGCAAAGCCAAAGAGAAAGCUUCCGCUUCCCAGAUUAUCGAAGAUGUUGAGAUGGACGACACGUUGCAGAGUGAGGAUGAGCUGGCAAAUACCAACGCUCGUAACAGCAUUGAUGCAGAGACCCAGUCACUGGACCCACUCUACGAAGAAGAGGAAGAGUUUACUACUCAGCAGCUCAAGGACGAGCCUUCAGAGCCGACGGCGACCGCUACGCCCGCUAAGUACGAGCGAAAUGCUGUUCGCUCUCGCCCACGCAGUCCUCUCAAACGCGCCGAACGUGGAGCAGAAGAGAAGAUGAUGGUCCUUGCUGCAAAGGCCGUGGUGCAGUCGCGACCAAGUCGAUCGGCGAGUCCGCCGCCCACAGCACAUAGCAAGAAAGCGGAGGUCAUUGAGGAGACAAUUAGCAUCAUACCUGGUCAAGAUGGCGUGCCCAAUCUGCCAAAAGGUGUCAAUAGCAGCCUCGAACAGGAGGUAGAUGCCGUGGUCAAGAAGGGCGGGAAGAGAAAGAACGUGAGCCAGGAGAAGUUUGAGUGGCCCGACGAUGUGUUCUAAACUCUAACAUUCACAUCGUCGGCUACCUUACUCUAGGCUCCCGGUACAUAUGAGUACAGCGUGUGGCACAUGCAUAGCCACUGAAUUAUGAUGAAAUGAUGGAUACGUUCAUGAUGUGGAUGAUGGGACACGAACGGUUUCAAUGGUUUAUUUGAGUUUAUGGCAUUGAAUGGAUGCAUUUGGACUUCUCUAUUGGCAUGCUACAAGCGGCAUCACGCGAUGGAGUUCUUUUCGCAUGGGCGUUGAUUGUCUUGGCGAAGCAUGGUCUCUUUUCUGCUCGGCAGCGAAGACGCAGGGACUCCGGUACUCUCUCAAUGCAAAGUGUAUUCGGAC